AUGAACAUCAUGGAAAGAGCCAGCCGCGGCCUCCAAUGGCUGAGCUCAUUUCGGAUUCCUCCCGAUAUUAAGGAGCGUGCAAUGAAAGAUACGGGCUGGGCAGAUGGUUUGCGAGGAAUUGCAGCAGUUUUCGUCGUCUCAUCACACGUUGUUAUCUGUUACGCCCGAAUAUUGAUUCCACCAUGUUGCGCCCCCUCCAGCAGUACGCCGUUAUUGUUUCAACGUCCGGUCUUCCGCCUCGUCGCCAGUGGCCAUUCAUGGGUAGCCAUAUUUUUCAUCCUGAUGGGCUUCGUCAAUGCCUUGAAGCCUCUUCAACUCGUUAGAUCCGGCGAGGUCGACAAAGCUCUGCAGAAAUUGGCAUCUUCCUCAUUCAGCCGCAUCUUCCGGCUUGUGCUUCCAGCCACCGCGGCCACGACCAUCAGCUGGCUCAUCUGCAACUUGGGGCUUUAUUCCAUAUCUGCCCAGAGCGACGCGUACUGGCUGCAUGAGAAUACCCCUGCACCCAGCCCGGAUUGGUCUUCAGCAUUCGUCGACCUGUUUCACGGGCUCACCGCGACAUGGGUUUUUGGCGAUCAGAACCCGUACGACCAACCUCAAUGGGCUCUUGUCUACUUGCUAGAGGGCAGUGUCAUGAUCAUUAGCGGCCUAUCACUUGUGGCGACCAUGACUCCGCGAUGGCGCACAGUGACACUGUACCUCCUGGCAUAUUGGUCAUUGAACUGGAGCCGCAUGCUUGGGGACCCCUGGACUGGUCUCUGCUGCUUUCUAGGCAUCUCCCUGGGCGAACUCAGCCUGUCCGAUAUCCCCAUGGCGAUGGCGCCUUACUCGCCUUACUUGUCCCCACCAAUGAUCUUUCUGUCGCUCUUUCUCAUGUCGUAUCCUGGUUCGUUCGUUGAAUCUGCCUCCUGGUCGACCUGGCUUAGAGACUUUGCAACAAGUUAUUUCCCAAUCAACACACUCGACGCCACCGACCGCAUAUAUGGCUCGCUUGGUGGCGUUCUGCUGGUUGCCGGCAUUAUUAUUUCGCCACAUGCGCGCUGGUCACUCUCUCGUCCACCACUCUUAUGGCUCGGGAAGGUCAGCUUCGCGAUCUAUCUCCUCCACGGAAUUUUCUUGCGGACCAUUUUUGCCCGGCUAUUGCACCUCGGCCAGUCAAGAGUGAUCACGAGUGGGCAAGGAGAGGACGGACAUGCGAUACUUGUCGAGCGAUAUCCGUUACCAAAUCCCUUCCAGCGCUUUCUAGCAACCGUCGUUAUGGGUUUCUGUGUUGGAGUCGCCAGCUACUUCUGGACUUUGAAAUUGGAGCCGUUAUUCGCAAAGAUUACUAGCAAACUCGAGGGCAUCGUGGCCGGGAAGGUUCAACCGAUCGAGGCCAAGUCGAAUGGGAGUACCAUCCUACCGUUACGGAAGGAUUGA